AUGGCAGGCCGGCCUACAACGGCGCGCAGCGAGAUAUCGUCGGCCAUUUCAGAAGAUGGAUACAGCUCACGACCGCAGUCUGGAGCGGCACAACCUCCUGCUUUGCCAAACCCUCCAAGCUCACAACAUGGAUAUGCUCACUUGCGAGGCAUCACUCAGCCCACGAAUCGCUCGGUCAGGAGUUAUGUUCCUGCAUCAAGCACUGGCGGUUCAAGCAGACCACAGAGUCCUGCCAGUCAGGCGAGCCGCACUCAUGUUCCUUCAUUGACUGCACAAGGCUUCUUCAAGCCGAUGAGUUCGCAGAGACUGCAGGCUCAACGUUUGGGGAGACAAUUGGGUUCUAAGGGCGUGCAGCCUCCGCCAUCCAUCCCCGACAAAGCUGUGGAGGACGAUGCAGGCAGCAUAUCAUCCAGUAGACAGGGCCCGUUUCAUGCAAUGCCCAGGAGCCAUCGUACAGCGCCGUCGAUUACCACUGAUUAUUCGCAAUCCGAACAUCCUGAAACUGUUGAUGCGCGAUUCCCCGACUACCCUGCUCACCUCAACGCCGAAAGUCAGCCUGUCAACGACCAAGAAGCACAGCAACCACAGCGGCCUUCACGGUUAAACCUAUCGACGACGCUUCGAACCCCAGAACGCCCUCAGAAAUCACCACUCUCAUUCCGUUCAGGCUUGAGUCUGGGUGGUAAACAUCCUGGACCUGGUCAUCAGCCUUUGUCUUCGAAUGCAGGGUCUCCGCGAUAUCCUCUCAACUCCAACACCCAGAUUGCUACUCAGAGUGCAUUGGGCAAGAAUUACGAGUAUUUUGAGGGGAAUACGAUCUUUUGGCUGGGUGGUCGUAUUCAAAACGCCCGAGAUCGGCCCAUCAACAUAGCAACCGGCGUGUUGUUGGUCCUUCCAUCAGUGCUGUUCUUUGUCUUUUCGGCCUCGUGGCUAUGGCACCACGUUUCGCCAGCGAUACCCAUCAUUUUUGCGUACAUUUUCUUCCUCUGUUUGUCGUCUUUCGUUCAUGCCUCGCUCGUUGACCCCGGAAUAUUCCCUCGAAACAUCCACCCAUUCCCACCCAAUAAUAAUGACGAUCCGCUCGCCAUUGGCCCACCUACCAACGAUUGGGUUAUGGUACGACUGGCGACCUCGCAAACAGCAGCAAUGGAUGUCCCGGUGAAGUACUGCAAGACAUGCAACAUUUGGCGGCCACCGCGAUGCUACCAUUGCCGAGUCUGUGACAACUGUGUCGAGACUCUUGAUCAUCACUGCGUAUGGCUGAAUAAUUGCGUGGGACGACGCAACUACCGCUACUUUUUCACUUUUGUCAGUACCGGGACGAUAUUGGCACUUCUGCUGGCAUUUGCCAGCUUGGGUCAAGUCAUUGCCUAUCAUAACCAGAGACAUGUUUCUUUUGGGACAGCGAUAGACAAAAACCGUGUACCAUUUGCCAUGUUCAUCUACGGCCUGUUGGCGUUUCCGUACCCUUUGUCGCUUUGGACGUAUCACUUGUUGCUUACUGGCAAAGGCGAGACAACUAGAGAGUAUCUCGCUUCUCGGAGAUUCCCCAAAGCCGAAAGACAUCGACCGUUUACUCAGGGCAAUUUCAUCAAGAACUGGAUUGCUGUUCUAGCUCGACCCAAGACGCCGACCUACUUGCAUUUCAAGAAGAAGUAUCAAGAGGGCGAUCAGCGCUUUGGGACCAGGAGGGGUCGACGGCAGACGGAUCCGAUUGGAGAGGCGCAGAAUGGAGGGAUGGAGAUGAAACCCGUGCAAGGCACGCAGAAGUCAUUUGAAGGGCCGACGACGGGCAAGAGGAUCUUAGCCAUGGAGGCCAGAUGA